UUGACAGCUGCGAAUAAAAAUGGCUGACGGUGAUUUUGAAAUUUGAAAAAAGCAAGGUUAUCCAUUUACCGGCGUGUUCUAGUAUUCAGAAAAACGUUCCACAUAGCGGUGUCCAGCCGCGCGACGCUUCGACGGGUGUGUGCACUGCACGCGUUUGUUAACCAAUCAACCGUCGACAGAGACUCACACCGCAUACGCACACAGCCAGAAUUGAUGUUAAGUUAAAGAACCAACCAUGCUGUACGUGUUGUAAACCUGUCUAACGUAUACAAUCCGUGAAGAUGUUCAGUGAGAUCUACGAAGCAUUCUGGAACCCAGUGGUUUGGCUGCCACCGAACACAACCUGGGCAGAUAUCGCACCUGGAGCGAAUCCGGAUGUUGAACAUGCAAAUUCACGACAUUUGCUUGUCCCACUUGGUUUGGCUGGUGUAUUAUUCAUUCUACGCUGCACAUUAGAAAAAUAUUGGUUCUCACCAGUUGGAAUCUCCCUUGGAAUAAAGUCUAAUCGACCAAAGAAAGCCCCCUCGAACCCAGUCCUAGAAAAAGCCUACAUAAGCACACGUAAACUAAAACACAAACAAGUCCAAGGCUUAGCCAAACAACUUGAUUGGUCUGAGCGUCAAGUUGAGCGUUGGUUGCGCCUGCGCCGUAUCCAAGACAAGCCAUCCACGUUGAUCAAAUUCUGUGAGACUUCCUGGCGAUGUCUCUACUACACUUUCUCGUUCACCUAUGGAUGUAUUGUGUUGUGGGAUAAGGAAUGGCUGUGGGAUAUCCAGAAGUGUUGGAGGGAUUAUCCGCACCAGUCGGUGUCGACUGACAUCUGGUGGUAUUACAUGUUCUCGCUGGCGUUCUAUUGGGCGCUGUGCUUCUCGCAGUUCUUCGAUGUGAUGCACAAGGACUUCUGGCAGAUGUUCGUGCAUCAUCUGGCGACGAUUGCGCUGAUGAGUUUCUCAUGGGUGUGUAAUAUGACGCGGAUUGGAUCGCUGGUGUUGUUGUUGCAUGACUGCGCGGAUAUUUUCCUGGAGGCGGCCAAGAUGGCGAAGUAUGCUGGGUAUCAGAAGCUGUGCGAUGCGGUGUUUGCGGUGUUUACGCUGCUGUGGAUUAUUACACGCAUUGGGAUCUUUCCGAUGUGGAUUAUUAAGAAUACAAUGUUUGAUGCACCAAAGAUAGUCCCAAUGUUCUUCGCCUAUUACAUCUUCAACAGCCUGCUGGUCCUCCUGCUGUGCCUGCACAUCUUCUGGACGUACCUCAUCCUGCGCAUCGUGCAGACCGCGCUCAACUCCGGCCAAAUGGAGGGCGACAUCCGCUCGAGCAGUUCCAACUACAGCGAGGACGACGCGUCGCAAUAAUCUACACCCACCUCCCUCACACACACAAACACAUACACACGCAUUAAAUAUAUAUGAAUGAUUAUAUAUAUAAAGAAAAGAUAAGAAACACAUUCAUUUAGAUAGCAUGACAUAAAAAUCACACAAUUUUCAAGUCUUUUUAGAACUGUUGUAGAACGGCGUUGAGCUGUGGUGGCGCUUUAUUAACGAGUUGUUUUGUUGUUGAUUAUAUGAUAUUUUUCUCUCCAAACUCUCCAAACGUUCCAUGAAACGAAAAAGAUCGAAUCUAAUAUUUGUAUAAAAUGUGUUCGUACAAAUUAGUUACGUCUAUAAACUAAAUAAGUUAAAUGUAAACGCAUGUUGGAGGCGAGUGAGAGUCGGGGCAUUAGUUAUUCAUUGAUUACUCGUUGUGUAAUUAUGUUAGGUGUGUAAUUGUUUCAGUGGUUGAUUCUGUGUUAAAUUCUGCGUCUUAUUGUGAAAGAAUUGUGUGUUUAAGAUGAUUACAUGAAAAGUUAUGAACAAUUUAAGUUGAGAAAUUGUUCAAAAUCAAACAUUGAUGGAAAUUUGCCUGUAACUUUUGAUAACGUGGUGUUAUCAAUAUGAUUUAUAUAUAGAACAAUUCAGAAUUUAAUUGUUUAUAAGUAGGUGAAGAAAUUAUUUAUGUACAUUGAUUAGUCUCUGAGUAAUUGUCGAAUCCCGAAAAGGCGUUAAUAAUUUUUUGCGUUUUUUGUCAUUUAUUGUAGUUAUUGAUUAAUUACUCGAAAACUAUUAUUCAGAUUGAACUUAUUUUCUGAUUAGUCGAUUGUUAUUUAAAUUCUGUAUUUAACUGUGAAAAGAUUUUGUUGAUACGAUUUUUCAACAAAAAGUUAUUGACAAUUAUGUUGGGAAAAUUGACAAAGUGAAUAGAAAUUAGUCUGUAACUUUUGAUAAGAUGAUGUUAUCAUUAUAAUUUUUGCGUAGAUAGAUCCGGAAUUUAAUUCUGAGUUGUUUUGUGAUUUAAUCAUUUAGAUAAAUUGAUUAGGUUCCGAGUAAUUAAUGAAUAACUUGAGACAAACAUAGAAUUUGUCAUUUUUUGGAAACAUUUUGUGUUUCCUAUUAGUAAUUAAUUAAUUACUCGAAAACUAUUUGAACUACAGAGAUAAUUCCUUCAACAAUACAUUCUCAAUUAAAUUCUCGAUUAAACUACGAAAAAAAUAAGUUAAACAAAUAAUUAACCAAAAAGUUAUAAACAAUUGAAUUGAAUUUUCAUAAAAUUCUCAAUACCAACACAAAAAUGUCUGUAUCUUUGGAUAAUUCAAUAUUAUCAAUAUAAUACUUAUACAAUUAGAUACAGAA